CUCUUCCACGUCCAGAAUCGUAUGUGGCGAAAAACCCGGUCCAGAAUACCUGGCAGCCAGUGUGUCGGGGUCGAUCCCAACCGAAACUGGAAUGCCGGCUUUGGAGGACCCGGGGCCAGCAACGACCCCUGUUCCGAUUCCUACCGCGGACCCAGUGCCAACUCAGAAGUCGAAGUCCGGUCUAUGGUGGAUUUUGUCAAGAGGCACGGGAACGUCAAGGCCUUUAUCAGCAUCCAUAGCUACUCCCAGCUCCUGAUGUACCCCUAUGGCUAUAAGUGCGCCAAGCCUAAAGACGCGGAAGAACUGGUAAAGCUCCGGGUUCAUGGGACGGUGAUGUUGUGGCGGAGUCGGAGA